AUGUACGGCAACGAGGACGGAACCGUCCCCGCAACCUUUCAGAUCCUGUACAUGAUUGGUUGGAAGCCGUCACCCACACAAAACAAACCAUUGGAGCGUGGGUCUGCCAAGCACUCUCUCAAGAAUCGUCUGGAGGACGAGGGAUCAGCAUCAACGCCCAAGUCAAAAUAA